AAGAAAUAGGGUUAGUUUUUUUAAAUGCAAUUGAAUGGUGCAUGUUAUAUUUAAUUUUGAAUUUAAAAGAAACUUAUUACAUAUUUUUGUACCCAACACAUUAUAUAUAAAAUGCCUGCUGAAAAUAACACCGAAACUAAUGAAAAUGCGAGCGAAAAGAUAAACAUUGAGGGCUACAACAACCUACAGGACUUCAUGAAGGACGGUUUCAGUACCUUAAGGGAGGCAAUAAAAAACUCAAACGGUUUACCGCAAGGCCCCGACUGGAAUUUCUACAAAACACAUCACGACUUCUCUAAAAUAGUCGAAGAUGAAAGCAAAAAGAUACUCGUACAAAUCAACGCUCUGCUAAAAACCAACAACACAGACGGGAACAUGUGUAAUCGUGGUCUGGAUGAAAAGACUGAAUUAAUCAUCGAAGCCAACGAUAAUAUAUUGGAGAGGGUUGCCACAAACAUAGACGAAAUGAACGGUAUACGUAAAACUGGUAACGCACCUAUAUUAAUCCAAAACGUUAGUGCGGAGCUGCCCAUUAACGGAUCCUGGAAUCGAGUCGGUGAUGCUAAAUUUUCAGUUUCGCCUUCAUUAUCUACACAGGGAAAAUCGAGAAAUGAAGGUAGUAUUAUGCGAUUAUUGACUGCAAAAAACAUUUGUAGGCCUCAAACGUUUUUCAAAGAUAAAAUCGACAACAGAAACAACAUACCUUGGGAGCCUAAGAUUAAAGAUAAACCAAAUUCAUUAAAACCUUUAGCAAUAUUUUUAGAACUUACUGAAAAUGGAGAAGAAUAUUCUCAUCCUUAUGAAUUCGAGCUCGAACGAUUCGUUCCACCCCAAGAACAGUUACAAAAAGAAACUCCUACACUACCAACCCCUUUAUCAGAAACUCCUCUGGUUCUUGUAUCAGAACCCGAGCAAAUAGACGACCUCCUAAAUUCCCUUCUUCAAGUGAAAGAGUUUGCCGUCGAUUUGGAACAUCACUCGUACAGAACAUUUAUGGGAAUCACAUGCCUUAUGCAAAUAUCCACGAGGACUACCGACUACUUGAUAGACACUCUCGCGCUGAGAGACAAAUUGCACGUUUUAAACGAAGCGUUUACCAAACCUUCCAUAUUAAAAGUGUUUCACGGAGCAGAUAGCGAUAUUCUGUGGCUGCAAAGAGAUUUAUCGAUUUACGUGGUGAAUAUGUUCGAUACCUAUUACGCAGCGAAGCAGUUAGAGUACAGCGGUCUUUCGCUUGCUUAUUUGAUCCAAAGAUUUUGUAAUUUUCUUCCCAACAAGCAAUUUCAAUUGGCCGAUUGGAGGAUGAGACCUCUGCCGGACGAAUUGAAAAACUAUGCAAGAGAAGAUACCCACUAUUUGUUGUACAUUUACCAAAUGCUGAAGAACGAGCUUCUGCAAAAGGCUAAUGGUAAAGACAAUUUGUUACUAUCAGUGUUCAAUAGUAGUACUGAAGUUUGUAAGAAGAGAUAUUUCAAGCCGGUUCUAACAGAUGAUAGUCACUUAGAUUUUUACAGAAAAUGUAAAAGGUUGUUCGACAAUAGGCAAUUGUAUGCGUUAAAAGAACUUUAUAAAUGGAGAGACGAGGUCUCGAGAAGAGAGGAUGAGAGUACGGGUUACGUUUUACCCAAUCAUAUGUUACUGCAAAUAGCUGAAAGUUUGCCUAGGGAAAUGCAAGGAAUUUUAGCCUGUUGUAAUCCAAUUCCGCCUCUUGUUAGAUCCAAUUUAUUAGAAUUACAUCAAAUUAUACUGAAGGCUAAAGAUCAAUCACUCGUGAAGCCAAUUUUACAGGAAGAUUCUAGAGCCAGGGGCUCCACAAAGAAAAUAUCCAAAAUAAACGUAGACAGCGUUCUAAACUGCCCACACGAUUUGACAAAAUCCAACGAAUUCAGAGAUGAUUUACCCACGAUCUUGCAAAUCGGAACAAACUCAAACCUUAUUACAAUGCCAGUUAGCAAAUUCGAAAAAGAAUCCACGCAAGCCAAAUGUUCUGUUUUCGAUACACCAGAAAAUUCCGAUGAAGAUCAGGAAACGAUUAUCAAAGAGAAGAUUCAAGGUUUGAAAUUUUUGACUCCCAUUGAGAGGUACAAAUUGGUCAAACCGUACAUUCAAGCCGAAGAGAAUAAAAUCAACGAAAAAGAAACCGAAGAAACCAAAGCUAAGGAAGAAACGAAUGCAAUUGAGGUUACCGAAUCUUCCGCAGAUGCUCCGGUUGUUAUUGAGGAGAGAACCGACGAAGAGAGGAUUGCAUCGAUACGGGAUUUGUUCCUGACGUUGAACAACCAGCCGCCGUUCGAUCCGGACCGAUCGCUAGUUCAAAUGGGCGGUACGAAGAGAAAAAGGGAAUUUUCACCGCCGAUUUCGGAUCAAGCUGAAGCUGAAUUUCGGCAACCGGCACAUCUGCCGAUCACAAACCAGCACUUUAAUCCGCGAAAUAGGCGCUCCGAUUACACGGGCGAGGACGCGGGGCCUUCACAGAAGAAAUUUAAAACGAACAAACAGAAUCCGAAUCAAAAGCAGAAACCGAAAAAUAACCAGCAAAAUAAAUCGCCGAAAAAUAAUCAGGGAAAGAAUAAUAAUCAACAAAACAAGCCGCCGUUUAACAAAAAUUCUAAACAAGCCAAGAGACAGCCGAAUAAUCAGUCGCAGCGUCCUUCUAAUUAUUUCGAUCAACAGAACAAUGCGGGUUACCAAAACCAAGGAUCGUAUGGUGGAAAUUCGAGGAAUCCUGGAAUGCAACAACAACAAUUCGUACCGUACGAUUACAGCGGCGUUGAUUUUAGGCAAUUCCAAGGCGGUGCCGGUAAUUUCUCGCAACCUCAGCAGUUUAAAAGCAAUUACAAAUUUAAGAAUAAAGGCAAGCCGAAUAAGCAAAACAACAAAUCCUCGACUAUGGGUAGAAAUCCGGCGCGCGGAAAGAGAGGCAGGGGCGGCAGAGGAGGCCGAGGGGGCCGAGGGCAAUAAAAUGCCUAGGUUAAGUUUUCAUCGUUUCUUUUCUAUUUGAAAUGUUUAUAAAUUCAGUUACUGAUUAAAUAAAAAAACUACAUAAAAAAUUUCGUGGCGAUUUCCCGCAAGAAAACUUCCGAA